GUGCGGCGCGCUGUCCGCCUGCCGGUGACAGCGCCCCACGGGGACAAGCCGGCGCUGCGCUGCCCAGGCUCGGCGGCCGCGCGCGAGGCGAGUCCCCGGGGUGGGCUGGCGGCGCUACGGUCCCGGGUGCGAGAACGCCUCGCCUUUCCGCGCCGCGCGGCGCUUCGGGGCUCUCGCAGUGCUCGGGCUCUGGAUUGUGCCGCUUGGAUCGUGCUCCCGCGUGUGGGCGUCGGAAAAGAAACCAGAGCCGAAAACGAAACUGAAUCACCGCUUUGGACCUGUACUUGAGUUCAUGCUUCUAGGAAGUGAAGGAGGCUUGAGCAUACGAACAGAAAAGAACAUUGCAAAAACAUUCUAAAAAGUGAUAGAGGAAAGAACCCAUAAGAAGUACAUCCUUGUGUAUGUCUCAUUGUGCUGCUUUUUAAUACUCGAGUAGUAAUGAAGCCACCAUUAUGUCCUCAGUCAGUGAAGUAAAUGUGGACAUCAGAGAUUUCCUAAUGAGCAUCAAUUUGGAGCAGUACCUCUUACAUUUCCGUGAAUUCGGUUUUUAUACUGUGAAGGACUGCACAUCUAUAAAUGAUAGUGUGCUACACCAGAUUGGAAUCUCACCAACAGGACACCGUAGGAGGAUACUUAAACAGUUACAAAUGAUCUUUUCAAAGAUGCAAGACAUCCCAAUCUAUGCAAACGUUCAGAAAGCAAAGAAUGGCACCACCUCAAAAGAGAAUCAGAAUCUUCCGUCCUCCGGCAGCAACACCUGCGCAGAAUUUUCUGAUUCUAUUAGCGUUCAUAGACCUGGCCUGACACAGGUGGCGACGGUUACAAUGAGUACCUUCGGUGUGGGGAAUUGUCAGUCUCCUAAGUCACAACAUAAGCUAUCCCUUCCUCCAUGUGCACCGCCCUUUCCAGAGGAAGAGCUACACCAGAAUGUGGAUUCUUCACAGGAUUCUUUAUGUGGUAGUGUAAAUGUUAAAAUAGAUUCCUUGGUUACCCAGAAGACUGUGGAUUGUACAGCUGGAGAACAACAAACAGAAAAAGUCAACUUGACAUCAGAAAAUUCCGUCAAGGCUCCUAGCACCAACCCUGAACGUCUUCCCUCUGUAGACUAUCCAACAUCAGAAACACUUUCUGGAAAUGGUACUAAUGGCUUUUUAGAAAGCUCCCCAGCAUCCCAAUUCUUUCAGUUUCAAGGAGAGAUGGUUGUGAACGAUCUCUAUGUUCCGUCAUCACCAGUCCAUACACCCAUGAGGAGCCGGAGCAAGUUAGUUUCCAGACCUUCUCGAUCAUUUCUGCUGAGACAUCGACCUGUACCAGAGAUCCCAGGGUCAACAAAAGCAGUUUCAGGGAGCUAUUUCAGAGACAGAAGAUGUGCUACUACCUCAGCUGGAAAAUCUUUGACACUGAAAAAUCCCAGUGAAGAUAAUUCAACUUCCAUCUUUCCUUAUGGAGAGACAUUUCUGUUCCAGAGACUAGAGAGUUCCAAGAAGAGAUCUAUAAAGAAUGAGUUUUGGCCCCAUGAGGACACAGUCAAAGAGGAUGCAGCCACUAUAAGGAACUCAAUCUUAACCAAGUCAAGCAUAACUGAUAGCAGCAGUGAAAAUGCAAGUGGAGACAAAGUAGAAGAUAUUUGGAUUCCCCGAGAGGAUAAAAAUACUCUCCCAAAGGACUCUGCUUCUGAGUCAGAAUACUCAACAGUAGAGGAAUGCUUCCAGAGUUUAAGAAGAAAAAAUUCAAAGGCAUCUAAGUCUAGGACUCAAAAAGCCUUCUACUUGGACCCUUUUAAUAGGCACAGUUAUCCUUUAAGCUCCACAAGUGGAAAUACUGAUUCGUCAACCAUCUCAAAUGUCAUCUCUCCCUACGCCUGCUAUUAUGGAUCCUCUGCAGUAAAGGUCAAAUCUGGAUGGCUGGACAAACUGUCUCCUCAAGGAAAACGCAUGUUUCAGAAGAGAUGGGUGAAGUUUGAUGGCUUUAGCAUUUCUUACUACAACAAUGAAAGAGAGAUGUACUCAAAAGGAAUAAUUCCCCUCACUGCAAUAUCCACAGUACGGGCUCAAGGAGACAAUAAGUUUGAAAUUGUUACAACACAAAGAACUUUUGUUUUUCGAGUAGAAAAAGAAGAAGAGAGGAAUGAUUGGAUCAGCAUAUUAUUAAGUGCACUGAAGUCACCAUCUGUUACUGCACAGUUGCAAGCAGCUGUGGCACCUGAGAAAUGUGGAUAUCUUGAGUUGAGAGGCUACAAAGCCAAAAUUUUUACUGUAUUGAAGGGAAACAGUGUGUGGCUGUGCAAAAAUGAGCAGGACUUUAAGAGUGGACUUGGUAUCACCAGAAUUCCUAUGAAUGUUGCAAAUGUGAAGCAAGUAGAUCGGGCCGUGAAGCAGUCUUUUGAGAUAAUCACUCCCUACAGGAGUUUCAGCUUUACAGCAGAGUCUGAGAAAGAGAAACAGGACUGGAUUGAAGCUGUGCAGCAGUCGAUAGCAGAAACUCUCUCUGAUUAUGAAGUAGCUGAGAAGAUUUGGUUCAAUGAAUCCAACAGGAGCUGUGCGGAUUGUAAAGCCCCAGACCCUGACUGGGCAUCCAUCAAUCUCUGUGUUGUCAUUUGUAAGAAGUGUGCAGGACAACACAGAUCAUUGGGCCCAAGAGACUCUAAGGUUAGAAGUCUGAAAAUGGAUGCCAGUAUCUGGAGUAAUGAGCUCAUUGAGCUAUUUAUUGUCAUUGGAAACAAGAGAGCAAAUGACUUUUGGGCUGGUAACCUUCAAAAAGAGGAAGAAUUACACAUGGAUUCGCCAGUUGAAAAGAGAAAAAACUUUAUUACCCAGAAAUACAAAGAAGGAAAAUUCAGGAAGACACUUUUAGCAUCUCUGUCCAAAGAAGAGUUAAAUAAGGCUCUGUGUGCUGCGGUAGUAAAGCCAGAUGUGCUGGAAACGAUGGUCCUGCUGUUCAGUGGAGCAGAUGUCAUGUGUGCGACAGGAGACCCCGUGCACAGUACGCCCUACCUGCUGGCCAAGAAAGCUGGGCAGAGUCUGCAGAUGGAAUUUCUCUACCAUAACAAGUUCUCGGACUUCCCCCAGCAUGAUAUUCAUUCUGAGGGUGGGUCAAGUCAGGAGGCUCCCCAGUCCACCUUCCUCUGUGACUUCUUAUAUCAGGCUCCGGCUGCUGCUUCCAGAGUCUCUACAGAGAAAAAGCUACUUGAAGAAACAAAUAAAAAGUGGUGUGUUUUGGAAGGCGGCUUCUUGAGUUACUAUGAAAAUGACAAGUGUACCACACCUAAUGGCACCAUCAACAUCAGUGAAGUUAUCUGCUUGGUUGUCCAUAAAGAGGACUUCUAUUUGAAUACUGGGCCAAUCUUUGUCUUUGAGAUCUACUUACCUUCAGAACGUGUCUUUUUGUUUGGAGCUGAAUCAUUUCAGAUUCAAAGAAAAUGGACAGAGACAAUAGCCAAGCAUUUUGUUCCCUUUGUUGCUGAAAACUUAACAGAAGCUGACUAUGAUUUGAUUGGUCAACUCUUCUACAAAGACUGCCAUGCCCUGGACCAGUGGAGAAAAGGCUGGUUUGCUUUGGACAAGUCUAGUUUGUGUUUUUGCCUUCAAACACAAGAAGCUCAGGAAGAGAGAAUGCACCUAAGAAGACUGCAGGAGCUAACAAUCAGCACAGUGGUUCAAAAUGGAGAAAAAUUAGACGUGCUACUUUUAGUAGAAAAAGGGAGAACGCUGUACAUCCAUGGGCAUACCAAGUUGGAUUUCACAGUCUGGCAUACUGCAAUUGAAAAAGCAGCAGGGACAGAUGGUAACGCAUUACAAGAUCAGCAGCUCUGCAAAAAUGACGUCCCCAUUAUUGUGAACAGCUGCAUAGCAUUUGUUACACAGUAUGGGUUAGGAUGCAAGAACAUUUAUCAAAAGAAUGGUGAUCCUUCGCACAUAAGUGAACUCCUGGAGAGUUUCAAAAAGGAUGCAAGAAGUGUUAAGUUGCGAGCUGGAAAGCAUCAACUUGAAGAUGUGACGAGCGUGCUGAAGAAUUUCCUGUCUGACAUUGAUGAUGCACUUCUCACGAAGGAGCUCUAUCCCUACUGGGUCUCUGCAUUAGAUACACAAGAUGAACAAGAAAGAACUGAAAAAUACAGAGCAUUCAUACGAACUCUUCCAGGGGUCAACAGAGCAACGCUGGCAGCUAUAAUUGAACAUCUUUACAGGGUUCAGAAAUGCUCAGAAAUCAAUCACAUGAAUGCCCAUAACUUGGCAUUGGUCUUUUCAUCAUGCUUAUUUCAAACUAAGGGACAAACUAGCGAAGAAGUCAAUGUAAUUGAAGAUCUAAUUAAUAAUUACGUUGAAAUAUUUGAGGUUAAAGAAGACCAAGUCAAACAAAUGGACAUAGAAAAUAGCUUUAUAACCAAGUGGAAAGACACUCAAGUAUCCCAGGCUGGAGACUUGUUAAUUGAAGUAUAUGUAGAAAGGAAGGAACCUGACUGCAGUAUUAUAAUCCGGAUAUCUCCUGUAAUGGAAGCUGAAGAGUUAACUAAUGAUAUAUUAGCAAUAAAAAAUAUUGUUCCUACUAAAGGUGAUAUUUGGGCUACAUUCGAAGUCAUUGAAAAUGAAGAGCUAGAGCGUCCUCUUCACUACACAGAGAAUGUAUUGGAGCAGGUGCUUCAGUGGAGUUCAUUAGCUGAACCUGGUUCUGCUUACCUUGUGGUGAAGAGAUUCUUAACCAUCGACACAAUUAAACACUGCAGAGAGAAAAGUAUCAAAGAAGGUGCCUUAAAACUCAAAGAGGAGCCAUCUAAAAUACUGUCUGGGAAUAAGUUUCAAGACCGAUACGUUGUUUUACGAGAUGGACAUCUCUUUAUUUACAAGGAUCCAAAGAGCAGCAAGCAUGACAAGAUGUUUUCUCUCAGCUUGAUGAAGUUUUAUCUUGGUGUGAAAAAGAAAAUGAAACCCCCAACCAGUUGGGGAUUGACCGCAUAUUCUGAAAAACACCACUGGCACCUGUGUUGUGACAGUUUACAAGCCCAGAUGGAGUGGAUGGCCAGUAUCUUUAUUGCCCAGCAUGAGAAUGAUAUAUGGCCACCAGCUGGAAAAGAACGAAAACGCUCAAUAACCAAAAAUCCCAAGAUUGGAGGUUUACCUCUGAUUCCCAUCCAACAGGAGAGGAAUGCAUCCCAGGCCCAGAAGAAUAUUGAGAGCGCAAGAGCAGAACUUGAAAGGCUGCGACUGUGUGAGAAACAUGAUCGAGACUUCGUGGACCCCAGCUUAAAAGACAGAGCCUCCAUCAUAGCCCAAUGCUUGGAGCACAAAGAUGAUAAACUUAAAAAUCGUGCCAGAAAACAUCGUAGUUUCAACUGCUUGGAGGACACAGAGGCAGAGAUCCCACACAGUCUACCAAAGGGCUAUAAAGGUCCAAAGACUCCGAAGAAGACUGAGGACAGGAACAGCAAGACAACUUUAGACCAUGAUCAUAAGCUGCCAUCAAAAGUCAUCGAGGAACUUAGUGUGGUUCUCCAGAGGUCAAGAACCCUUCCUAAAGAGUUGCAGGAUGAACAGACAUUACAGAAAUAAAUAAAUCAUCACGCAAGUUAUAUUUUUUUAACAUUGUGUACAAUGUGUGCAAACCAGAAAUCAAACUGUAAUUAUUGAGUUCUUCUAUCUAGACAAAUUUGUCUGUAUUUAAGAUAUUUGUUUAUGUAUACCCAAGCAUUUAAAGAACAUUUUAAAAUAUGUAUAUAUGAGGUUAGGUGUAAGAUCAACUUUAUUUUGGUCUGGAGACUCGUAAAGUUCAAUUGUAUUAACUGUAAUAAUUUUGGGGGGGUCACUAUAAGUGGCCAGAUCUUUGAAAGUAGAUGUGUACGCGAGGGUAAUUUAUGAGCAGAAAUCUGUACUGUAUUGUAUAAAAUGCUGUGUGUACAUGAAGCCUGUGAAAUUGUAUCAUAUUUUGCACAUUGAGAAGGCUUGUAUAUUAAGUUGCCAUGUGUUUUUAGGUUUACAUAGGAUCCAUCUUAGGGAAAAGACAGAGAAAUGAGUUCAAAAGAAGAAAGAUAUUGCAGUCACUGUUCAACCUACAUUGGAAAGAAAGACAAGACAUUAAAAAGUAUUCUACUAACCAAGGACGUGACCUAAUGUUCAUUCCAAUUCAUCGAGAAACAAAGCAUGUUAUGGAGAAACUGCUCGGUGUCUUAAGUGUUUUCAACAACGGUUUCCAGCCAGCUCAUGGCAGUGUCAGCACGGGCCACUGUCAGUUAUGGUGUCAGUAGACAGGACACCAGAGCUGUCUGUCCGUGUCCACUCAGAGGAAGUUACUUUGCACUGAAGAGUGUGUACAUGGACUCAGCAUGGAUGUCCUCUACACUGUUGCUACAUGCUGGUGAUUCCUUAGGGCUCCCAACUGUCUUUUUGGUACGAUCAAAAUUCAUUACCAUGGGGUCUUUUGCUAUUUUUCCUUUAUUCUAUGUUUUGGCUGUUGUUGAUGUUGUUUUCAUUUUUAAAUGUAGCAUUAUAAUGUUACAUUAGUAAACAUUACUAAUGUUUACUAAUGUAUCAUUAUAAUGCUUACUUCUGCAAUGUCCCUAUCAACUGGAAGUGGCAAUGUAUGCCAGUGGCUGCCUGUACAACAUUUGCAGGCAGGCACUUCCCCUUCCAGUCUUUCCUUUCUACCGGUGGAAAUGACAUAGCCCUGUAUUUUUGUUGCCGCAUAAUGACAACAUACAGAUUUGACAAUUUUCAUGAGUCAGUCUACACUAACUCAUGAAUAAUAGUUCAUGUCAAAGACAGUGCUUUUUGUUAAACUGGAAUUUACAUAGCAGAUCUUCAUUCCCAACACUUGUUAGUCCUCCCCUCUAGCUGGGUCUUUUUUAUUUAAGACGUGUAUGUACUAAAGCCCUUAUUUCAGCCACUCUCGCCAGUAAACGAGGAUAUGAAGCACUAAGUCUGUCUUUACUCAGCUCUGUUAACCACGUACAUUUGUUAUAGCAGAUAGCAGAUACCAGAAGUAAGUGGGAUGUAUUCUUUAAAUCCAAAUAAAAUAUUAACUGAAAUAAUAAGUAAAACUGCAGGGCAGUUUUAUGAGUUGGUGUCACAACUGAGCACUCUUUCUUCAAAGAAGAUACGUCGUUUGGAAAGGAAAAAUUAAUUUUAGUAAACUUGUUUCUGAUAAGUAAUGAUAUUUAUAUUUUUAUGAAAUAAAGAGAAAUGGAAAUAAUAUCAUUGGCCUUGAUGGGGAAGUGCUAUACUCUUGGACCUACCCUGAAAUUUCCCCUGAAAGUUGAGCUUAAACUCUGAUCACUUCUGUUUUUCUUCUUUUCAUGAAUAAUUGUCUUAACUUUAAAAAAUGUAACAUAAGGGCUAAUGGCUAUAUCUCACAGAUUUUGAGUAAAAAUUAAAAUAGUUUUACAAGUCCACUA